UUUAUUUGCAGCUUAACGCAGCUUCCACUCGCGGCAGCAACGAUGAGCUGGAAGCGUAUUGGUCUGUCUGCGGAAGACAGCUGAGCGCUACAAACAUCGAGUCACUGUUUGAACAUCCAGCUCCAACUUACAGAACACUGUCAGAUCCCAACACAUCCACAAAACCCGCUCGCUUCACUUCCCGUCAUCUCAUCCGAAAUCACUUUCACCAUCCUCAUCCUCAUUUACUCGCGCUGCUUCAGAUUAUCGGCUGAAAAAACAGGGGAACACGGACAGAUAAAAAGAAAACAUCCCCCAAACCAAACGGAGUCUGGUGAAAUGCGCGGCUGCCUGUUUUUUAAGGAGGAGGGUGUCCAACGCUGAGCUGUAGUUUCUCUCCAAGAGGCGAGGAAUGCAAUCUGAGCAUCAAUGUUUCACUGGGGCAAGUGGAAGAAGAGGAUGGGAGCCAACAGUUCUUCAAAGAGACCAGUGUUCGACGAGAAGGAAGAUGUAAACUUUGAUCACUUCCAGAUUUUGCGGGCGAUCGGAAAAGGGAGCUUCGGAAAGGUAUGCAUUGUGCAAAAGAGGGACACAGAGAAGAUGUACGCCAUGAAGUACAUGAACAAACAGCAGUGCAUAGAGAGAGAUGAGGUCCGAAACGUCUUUAGAGAGCUUGAGAUCCUACAGGAAAUUGAACAUGUAUUUUUAGUAAAUCUCUGGUACUCCUUCCAGGAUGAGGAGGACAUGUUCAUGGUGGUCGACCUCCUGCUUGGAGGAGACCUGCGCUACCACCUGCAGCAGAACGUCCAGUUCGGCGAAGACGCCGUCAAGCUCUACCUGUGUGAGAUGACUCUGGCCCUGGACUACCUGCGGAGCCAGCACAUCAUCCACAGAGAUGUAAAGCCGGACAAUAUCCUUUUAGAUGAGCAAGGUCACGCUCACCUGACAGAUUUCAACAUAGCGACCAUAAUAAAGGACGGAGAGAGAGCCACAGCGCUGGCUGGAACCAAGCCCUACAUGGCUCCAGAGAUCUUCCAGUCGUUUGUCAGCGGAGGUACAGGCUAUGCUUUUGAAGUCGACUGGUGGUCGUUGGGGGUGACGGCCUUUGAGGUGCUGCGUGGAUGGCGACCGUACGAUAUCCAUGCCAGCAACUCUGUGGAGUCUCUGAUCCAGCUCUUCAGCACGGUGAGCGUCCAGUACAGCCCGGCCUGGCCCAAAGACCUGGUGGCACUACUGAGGAAGCUGCUGACUGUGAACCCAGAGCAUCGGUUUUCCAGUCUGUCUGAUAUGCAGACGUCUCCGUACCUCGCCGCCGUCAACUGGGACGCUGUGUACGAGAAGAAGAUGGAACCUGGAUUCGUUCCUAAUAAAGGUCGGCUCCACUGCGACCCCACCUUUGAGCUGGAGGAGAUGAUCCUGGAGUCGCGACCCCUCCACAAGAAGAAGAAGAGGCUGGCUAAGAACCGCUCUCGAGACAACAGCAAGGAUUCACAGUCUGAGAACGACUACCUACAGGAGUGCCUUGAAGUGGUGCAGCAAGAGUUCAUGAUCUUCAACCGCGAGAGGUUGAAAAGGCGCCAGGAGGAGGGCCAGGAGGAGGCCGGGGGCGACGACCCCAGCGCUGACAGGGACGACGAGGCGGAAACUGGGGUCGCCGAAGACAACGCGCAGGAUCCGGACCCAGAGCCGGAGUCCUCCUCCAAACUGAGCAUGUGCGGCUCCGUGUGCUCGUCCCCCGGCAGCUGCUAGCCCACACAGCGACGGAUCUGUCUGUGCCGUGCCAAUAGAUCCCCCCCUUCACCUCUCUCCUCUGUCGCUGAGGAAACGCUCAUGUAAGAGAGGGCCGGGUGGGCGAAAUGACCCAAAAUGGCUGCCCCAGUGUUCCGUCUCUUUUACUUUCCGUAGCAUCUUUCUGGUAAGGCAUGAAUGAAGCAGAUCCCCAGAGACUCUUUGUGCUCAUAGAGUAAGCUCUAACUUCUAUGCAAUGUAACAUUAUAGCAUGAUAAAUAAGGUUUUCACUCACUGGGAGGUGUUGAUCGUAACCACGGUGACAUCCUGAGCAACAUCGGCCCACAGCUUAAAGCUGCAGUAUGUAACUUUUAUUUAAAAAUUAAAUAUGUUUUUUAUAUAUUUGUUAAAAUUGUCACCAUGUUGUAAUAUGAGGCAGAUAAUCUGUGAAAAAAUCAAUCUCCUCCACCUCUUCCUUGAGCUACUAAUGCCGUCUGACAAAAUGCAUAAAAACAACCAAUCAGCACCAGGAGGUGGGUCUUAAUGGUGUGAAUCAACUCAUGUACUCGCUGCUAAAUGUAAAAAUGGUGGAGAAGCAACUUACCUACCCAACACCUUUACAGGAAAGCCAUUUAUCAACUUUCACCAGUAGCUAAGCUAACUAGCUUGAACAUUCACUACAUUCUCUGCUAGCUGCAGGGUCACACAAGAUUAUGAUUGACAGCGCUAAGACUCGCCUCCUGGCUCUGAUUGGUUGUUUCUAGUUUGCACCAGGGUUAUGAUAGUUUUUAGUUGAGUUUUAUUUUGUUGUGACCUUUUGUUUGUCUAACUCAGGUAGUCGUAAAUAGUUUUUAUAGUGUGUUUGCUAGUUAUCAUUAGCUAAAUAUUAGUUUUAGUUUAGUUUUUAUUAGUUGUAAAUUUUUGUCAUCAUCUGGUUAAUUCAAAUAGGUAAAAGUAAUAUAUUGUGAUUAUGCAGACAUUGAUUAGCCAAUGAAUGUUUAACAGAAGAUACAAUUUUCAAAAAAAUAUAUAAAAUUAUUAACUAUUGCUGUCGUCAUUUUGCAAAACUAACGUAAUCUGCCGACAGCUGACAUAAACGGCAUGAGUGGGAGAAAAAAAAUCCAUCAGUUUGAAAUUUUAAUAGGUUUAUAAAGAAGAGAGCAAAGUAUCUACAAUUUCAGUGUAUUUACAUUAGCAUGACAUUUACAAAUGCAUGACGUAGCACCAGUUAGUUAAAUUUUUCCACAUUAAUUACCGUUUUUAUUUAUUUUAGUUAACAAAAAAUAUUUUCUCAAUUUCAGUUUUUGUUAUUUUGUUACUAUUUUAACCGUGGUUAGCACUGGGAGAAAGUAGAUUUAUUCACAGAUUAGCUGUUUCAUAUUAUACUGUGACGACAUGGUGAUGGUUUAAACAGAUAUUUUAAACAGAAGUUGGGUUGCUUGGUUUGGUUGAGGCUCCUCUGGUUCUUCUCAAAGUCUCUGUGCCAAAUCCGAUCGGGACGACUCAGAAGCCACUCGGUUUGUUGUCGUCUGCGUUUCCGCUUUGCUCUCAGCCUCUCGUAUGAUCAUGGUGGGGAGAGAGAACGCCUCUUUUCAGCUCCACGACUAUUUAUCUUACUAUUCAACUGUCCAACAUUGGGGCGAAUGUUUUCCAUCUCCCUUGUCUUAGAAUAAAUAACCUCAGAUUGAAGGAAACUGCCUUAAAACCCUUCACAGGUUGAUGGACACGACUCCAAGAUUAUUUCUGAUACUUUUCCAUCUUGGCAUUGUGUUCGAAAGCAUCUAAAUGCCCCAGAGAAGCAAAAUGGCUGCUCAUUUUUCUGAAAAUAUACAGAAGCAGUUAGGCUGUAUUUAGUUUUCCACAUACAACUCUUACUUUUUGGCCUUUGACCCUUUUUUUUAAGACUUGAGAUGAGAUUAAAAUAUAACCGUGGGGCCUGGUAAAGACAAGAUAAUACAUAUUAUGUCCUGAUCCCUAAAAUUAAAAGUGGGUGUUCUCCCUUUUUUACCAUGAUUAUGUGUUUAAUGCAAAAACACAAAAUCUUACCAAGUAUUUUUUUUGACUAGUUUCUUGUGAAAAUAUCUUAGGUUUGUGUUAUUCCAAGUAAACUAACUUUUAGUAAGAUUUAGGAGCUUGUUUUAAAUAAAUUAUUAAUAUUCAUAUUGAUGAAAAAGUACUAGUUCAACUGGCAGAUUAUUUCAGUAGCUGUGUGUCCAUUGACCAUAUUAAUUUGACACUGAAAAAUACAUUUGCUAAAUGAAACACAUCAUUUUCGGGAAAAAAAAAAAGUUUUUCAAUAAAAAGUCUUGGUGCUAAGAUGAGGUGGUUUUCCGGCCGUAUCAAAAUUGUUUUAUUUUGCAAAACUGGAAUGGAAACACUUUCUUUCUGGUGUAAACCACGAAGAAGAAGAAGACAAACAGGAAGUGGCAGCAACAUUUUUAAUAACUCUUUGCAUGAACAAACUAAUUUAAAUGUCAUUUUACUUGUGUUCCUUAAUUAACAGAAACAUUCAAUUGUGAAAUUGUAGGUUUUUAUGAAAUUAGUGGAAUAUUGGCAACGUUUUGCUGAUAUUUAUCAUGUAAAUGCAGUAUAACAAGAAACUAAUACCCUUUGUUAUAAGUGAAAUAAUCGGGCAGUGGAACUAGAACUGGGUUGCUAGGUGACGGAUUGGGCUUGGCUGGCGUUGCUAGGUGACGGGUUGGGCUUGGCUGGCGUUGCCAGGUGACGGGUUGGGCUUGGCUGGCGUUGCUAGGUGAUGGGUUGGGCUUGGCUGGCGUUGCUAGGUGAUGGGUUGGGCUUGGCUGGCAUUGCUAGGCAAGUAGAACUUGCACUUUUUCAACAUUAAGGAAUAAUUUCCUUAAAGUAAGCUCCUAAAUUUUGCUGAAAAGUUACUUGUCAGAUAGUUUUGUCUUAUUCAAAGUGCACUUAGAUAUUUAAACUAGAAACUAGAAAAAAAUAUUAGAGUAUUUGGUGUUUUUGCAGUGCUAAGUUGCCCGAAUUCGGGGCUAAGGUGUUUGAUUUCCAGUUGCAGCAGCUUCCUGAGUCACAGUUUCCAGUAAGUGUUGGUUGGUUUCAUGUUCUUAAACCUGUUUAAAGUUGUGCCUGUCUAUGAUAAGCAGUAUCUGUUAACCUUGUUGCACCCACAGAUGCAUUAUAAGAUAUUAGUCUGGUUUUUCCUCUCUAAGUGUGAACCAAGUUCAUUUGAAGCCUUUUUUUAAAAAAGAUAUUAAGGUAGCUUAAUUCAUGGGAAAUCAGUACUAAUUACUGGAAAAAGGCCAGAAUAAGCUCUGAGGAUAGACUACAGCAUUGUCAGCCUUUAAGAAUCUAUUUCAAAGCUGCUUUACUAGACAUCAUCCUAUUAAGUGCUCAGUUAGGACAAAGAUCAUCUCCCCAUAGGGCUUAGUUUGGGGCCUAAACGUGUAGCUGUUGGUUCUUCAGACUGUAGAUGAGCUCUCACAGCGAUGCUCGCACAUUUAAGGUGGUCGUGUAGCAAAGAACUACCUUAAAUUACCCCUCCUGGGCCUGGUAAUAAAUAAAAAACAGUGUAAAUAGCAUGUAGUGUAGGUAAUUAAACUCUCCACAGUUUUAUGUGGGACUGCUAACUCUACAUGUAAACUGAGGGAAGAGCUUAGUGAAGCCCCGCCCCCUCCUAGCGCUUCACUCUGCUCUUCUCUCCAAGUGUGCAGGCACAACUUGUAGGCAAAAUAUGCCAAAGCUUUUCUACCAUUUGCAUAACCAUUUCUAAGGAACUUUAAAUGUCUGAAUGUAUGU